AUGGAGACAAAAGUUCAGGUGCAAGCUACAAAAAUUGAUAUGAAAGAUGAAACUACGGCGGAAUGCCAAUUGAUAAAGCAAAAGCAACAUGAAAAGCUGUAUAGAUGGACUUUAAUUAUGUGGUUCUUGAAUUUAAUCAGUUAUGUUCUGUUUUUUUCGUUUGUUUCGUUAAAUUCAAUUGAUCUUUAUAACUGGCCAAGAAAAUUUCAUACUACAACUCAUUUGGAAAACAUUCAAAGCGAAUGCUUUCAGAUGAAGUUGUUCAUGCAUGCGUAUCUCGUGGUUAUACUCAUGAAUCAUUUUGUAUUUGAAUUAUCAUCAGUGAGUCUAUCUGUCUCAGUUCGACGACGGCAAAAAUUCAGUCAGUCAAAUGGUACCGUGUAUUUCUUUAUCGGCUGCUAUAUUGUUUCUAUAAUAUGUCCUUAUGUUGCGGAAUAUAAUGAAACAAUAACGAAAAAAGGAAUCUUCCAGGACGAAUAUGUACCCGAUAAGGCACCAAGAUCAUUUUUUUAUUUUCAAGUAGUGGCGAUUGUAUGCGUAUUUCUGCAGAGUGUUGUUAAUAUCAUUAUGAAUUCCAUCAAUGCUGUACAAGUUAGGCAUUACAAACUAGUUCAAUUAAUCAAUUUGGCACGCCAACAACGAGAACAAAAUAAGCAAUGCGAAAAGAAAAAUGUGUCAAUACAUUCAAUCGAAUCGUCUUCAAAUGGCGCUAUUAGUCAUUUACCAUAA